UCUGUUGCAGCUAACAAUCAUCUGAAGGAAUUUCUUAUAAUUGGUUUUAGCACAGCAGCUGGAUUGAGCUUGGCCAUACUGUGCUUCCUUUUCUAUGUCCUGCAUAUAUGCAGGAAGAGAAGGCAGUCUUGCUCAAGUCUCCUCAAAAGAAUUACUUCUUUUCAGCCAUCUUCUAAAGCAGACUCUGAGCUCUGUUUCUCUAUCCAGUCUCCCAUCUUUACCUAUGAGGAGCUCUAUGAAGCCACAAAUGGCUUUGAUGCCUCUGGCGAACUUGGUGAUGGCAGCUUCGGUGCAGUCUACAAAGGAAAGCUGCAGGAUGGACGAGUGGUGGCAGUGAAGCGUCUGUAUGAGAACAAAUACGGCCACCUCAAGCAUUUCAUGAACGAGGUUAAAAUCCUAUCACUCCUUCAGCACCAAAAUCUUGUCAGCCUCUACGGCUGCACCUCUCGACGGAGCCGUGAACUCCUCCUUGUUUACGAGUUCGUGCCUAACGGAACAGUCGCCGACCACCUCCAUGGCCGGCUGGCAUUCCAAUCUUUUCUGCCGUGGAAAGCGAGAUUGAACAUUGCUAUCGAAACGGCUGAAGCCCUCAACUAUCUUCACUCCAUUGAGCCGCAGAUCAUUCACCGUGACAUCAAAACCAGCAACAUUCUCCUCGACAACAGCUUCCAUGUCAAGGUAGCGGAUUUCGGCCUCUCAAGGUUCUUCCCGAGCAACGCCACACAUGUCUCCACCGCCCCGCAGGGAACACCAGGCUACAUCGAUCCCGAGUACUACCAAUGUUGUCAGCUGACGGACAAGAGCGAUGUUUAUAGUUUUGGAGUAGUAUUGAUGGAGCUUGUUUCCUCAAAGCCUGCUGUUGACUUCACCCAACUGAGGCAUGAGUUCUCUCUGGCUGACAUGGCGAUUAACAAGAUCCAAAGGCAGGAAUUAGAGGAGAUUGUGGAUUUGAGAUUGGGGUAUCAGUCAGAUCGCAGCAUAAAUAGGAUGAUUGCCCAGGUGGCGGAGCUGGCGUUUCAGUGCUUGCAGUCUGAUGGAGAGUUGAGGCCUUCCAUUAAUGAGGUGCUUGAGAAUUUGAGAGAAAUUAAAAACAGUGGCUACAAUGAUACUUCAUUGGUGGAUGAUAGGCUGUUAAAAGGCGCUCCUCCCUGCUCUCCAAAUUCUGUUACAGAAGUGUGGAUGAGCAGGGUGACAACGCCAAAUACCAGUGUGUGAGACCUAUGUAAUCAUUCAGAAAAUAAUGUCCUUUUUAGUAUGUUUAGGAGAAAUAACACUUUUACUUGGGAUAUGUAAAUGGGGAAAAUUAACAUUGGAUACCUCGUGUUAGAUUAAGGGCCCGUUUGGGACAACUUAUAAAUACGGGCGGCAUUUUGGCGUUUUCAAAAUGCCACGCGGUUGAGUUUUUACACUAAACA